AUGAUUGUGACUCCGGACGGGCUCCAGGGAACCAAAGAGAAGGAGGACAGCUCGGCUCGUCCCUCAGCCUCCAUUAGCAGCAUCAGGAUCCAGCCUGAGUUUGAGAGUCUGAAGCCUGAACCUCAGCGAGCUGAAGCCUGUCCUCCCCGGCCGAGGAUGGGCACAGCAGAAGCCACUUUACGUAUGGACAGCAUGGAGGUCAAGGACGAGUGGCAGGACGAGGACUUCCCCAGUCUGUUGUUUCCAGACCCCCCCGCCUCUCUGAAUGUUGGCGAGAGCGUGGCGCAGCACAAACGUCGGACCCUGGUGGCCCCCGACAUGAACCUGUCCCUGGAUCAGAGCGAAGGGUCCGUGCUCUCUGACGAUUAUCUGGAAACGCCCGACGACCUGGACAUCAACGUAGAAGACAUCGAGACCCCCGAUGAUACCGACUCGCUGGAGUUCAUCAACAACGGCAACGAGCUGGAGUGGGAAGAUGACACGCCGGUGGCCACCGCCAAACGUCUUCCAGGCGACAGCGAGGAGGAGAGAGACUCGUCGGGUCGUCUGUGGCGAACGGUGAUCAUCGGCGAUCAGGAGCAGAGGAUCGACAUGCAGGUCAUCAGGCCGUACCUGAGGGUGGUCACACAUGGAGGUUAUUAUGGCGAGGGUCUGAACGCCAUCAUCGUGUUUGCAGCCUGUUGUCUUCCUGACAGCAGCUGUGAGGACUACACGUACAUCAUGGAGAACCUCUUCCUAUAUGUGGUGAGCAGCCUGGAGCUUCUGGUGGCAGAAGAUUACAUGAUUGUCUACCUGAACGGAGCCACUCCUCGCAGGAAGAUGCCCGGCAUCAGCUGGCUGAAGAGAUGCUACCAGAUGAUCGACAGGAAACUGAGGAAGAAUCUGAAGUGUCUCAUUAUCGCUCACCCCACAUGGUUCAUCCGAACCGUCCUCGCCAUCUCAAGACCCUUCAUCAGUGUGAAGUUCAUGGAUAAAAUCCGCUACGUUCACUCACUGACGGAGCUGAGCCAGAUCAUCCCCAUGGAGCAUGUGCAGAUCCCCGAGUGUGUGCUGCAGUAUGAUGACGAGAAGAUAAGAGCUCAGACGGAGAGACAAGAGCAAGAUCAGCAGCACAACAACUCAACAGCAGCUAAAGAAAGGCCAAAGUCAAUGAUAGCAGAUGUUGGAUGUGACAUCUGACAUUAAGGGUUUGAGAUGGAAGAACCGGCGUGGGGGAACAUUCAUUCAUUACUGCAGGAGAACUUCACAAAUCUCCCGACUGGAUUGCUGGCUGCAAGACAAUCAUUUCUCAAUAUGUCCUCCGCUGCUCCUAUAACUGAAAGUUAAUUUGCACCAAAGGCAUCGACACAUACGUAAAACUAAAUCCAAAAAAUUGUUUCCGCUCCCUGCAUGAUGAGGUGAGCUUCAUCUACAGCAUGACUCCCAUCGUAUAAACACACAUCUGUGGACUCGGAUGAACCUUCAAACAUCUUCCGACA